CAUGUCACUAGUGCUCCAGUACUUGUAUGUGCAGACGCAGCCAACCUAUUCCUCGUGACGCAACACCGAGGCUGGGCUCAGAGGGCUCCGAUCAUAAUAUUUAACACACCCACCGUGGAUGAACACUUGGAAGGAAGACAAGGCGGUGUGAAGGGGGGGGAGACAAAUGACAACCGGGAUCCUUACACCUGCCAGCCAGUCUCUGAUUUGACUUCAACGAGGCUUUGCACACAGCAGGAGCGGGACAGCAUCCAAGCGCCUCAGCGGAUCAGCUGGUAUUUUCUUUAUGGAAUUUUCACUUUCUUCUUUAAUAAUCAAUUCAUCCUAAAUACCAGGGAGGCUGUGGACUAUACCAAUCUCUUUUUUUUACUUUUUUUCAGUCAUGACACAAUUGACACCUCACUCCGUGCUGGCAGCAACACAAGGAAGCAGAUUUGAGGAGGAAUAUCGGUGCUUUUAACAAGACCCCCCCUCCUCCUUCUUCUUCUUCCUGUUACCUAUUCUUAACGAUUUAUUUAGCGGUCCGUCCUCCUGACACGAUAUCCUGGUCAACAAGGCAAUGAAUGAAGAGCACUUCUUGAGUCGCUGCCAGUGAAGUGUCCAGAGCUCACAAUGUGUCGGUCAGCCCACCUGUCUGGGGACGAACAAUUUGGACUAUUGUAAAGAAAAUAACAAUAAUAACAAAAUAAGACCGAGCACAUCAUGGAGUUGUUAAUAUAGGCUGACACGCAUUAUGUGUGCAAUGAUCACAGUAAAUCUUCAACCUAACAUUGCUGCUUUGUCAUCGCAUAACAGUGUUGGACAUCAAUGUCGGUGCUGUAAGGUGCGCUGCGCUUAAAUCGUAUUAGCCUGACUGCGUAAAGAAAAAUAUAUAUAAAGAUGAUAUUGUUUCGUAAAUUCAGAGUGUUGAUACUCAUGGUGUUUUUGGUAGCGUGCACCAUGCACAUUAUGAUAGACUUGUUACCGAAACUAGAAAAGCGGGCGGCGGGAGCGGACAGCGGGGACGGCGGCUGUCAGUGCGCUCACCACCCCGGCGGGGAGUCGCAGGGCUGGGGGAAGCAACGCGCCAUGUCCGCGGCUGAAGCUGGCUGGCCUAACAAGCACACGCUGAGAAUCCUGCAGGAUUUCAGCAACGAGCCGAGCUCCAACCUCACGUCGCAUUCCCUGGAAAAGAUCACAGCGGCCGGGGACAGAGCGGAGUCCUUCAGGCGGACGAGACCGUCUGCGGGGAAGGCGGAAGACCACAAGCCGCUCAUCGGAGACGCGAGCGCGGGUCGGACGGUGCCCGCGCACGGUGUAUCCCGCCUGUCUGCUCUGUUUGAGCAUCCUUUUUACAAGGUUGACCUUCCUCCCCUCACAAACGAUGACACUUUGUUCAACGUGAACACUGACAUCAGGUUCUAUCCCAGAGCAACCGCGAACCAAGGAUGGCACAAUGAGGAGGGGAACGAUGAGGAGGAGGAGGAGUUCUCUCCAACAGGAGAGGCGACUGCAGAAUCUUACCCCGACUGGUUACGUUUCCACAUCGGCAUCAACCGCUACGAGUUGUACUCCAGACACAGUCUUGUGCUGGACGCCCUCCUGAAGGACCUGGUCACACAGAGGAUCACCAGCGUGGCCAUGAAAUCAGGAGGCACCCAGCUGAAGUUGAUCAUGACUUUCCAGAACUAUGGACAAGCUCUGUUCAAGCCCAUGAAGCAAACUCGGGAGCAGGAAACCCCUCCAGACUUCUUCUACUUCUCCGACUUUGAGAGGCACAACGCUGAGAUUGCCGCUUUUCACUUGGACAGGAUCCUUGACUUCCGGCGAGUGCCCCCAGUGGCAGGGCGACUUGUCAACAUGACAAAGGAGAUCAGGGAUGCGACGCGUGACAAGAAGCUGUGGAGGACCUUCUUCAUCUCACCAGCCAAUAACAUCUGCUUCUACGGUGAGUGCUCGUACUACUGCUCCACUGAGCACGCUCUGUGCGGUAAACCGGACCAGAUCGAAGGCUCGCUGGCAGCCUUCCUGCCGGACCUGAACCUGGCCAAACGCAAGACAUGGAGAAACCCCUGGAGACGCUCCUACCACAAGCGCAAGAAAGCAGAGUGGGAGGUGGACCAAGAUUACUGUGACGAGGUUAAGCAGACUCCUCCGUAUGACCGGGGCACUCGGCUGCUGGACGUCAUGGAUAUGACCAUCUUUGAUUUCUUAAUGGGUAACAUGGACCGACAUCAUUAUGAAACUUUCGAGAAAUUUGGAAAUGACACCUUCAUCAUUCACCUGGACAAUGGAAGAGGUUUUGGAAAACACUCACACGAUGAGCUGUCCAUUCUGGUUCCUCUCAGUCAGUGCUGCAGGGUGAGGAAAUCAACUUACCUGCGUCUCCAGCUGCUGGCCAAAGAGGAGUACCAGCUGAGCUCCCUGGUGGAGGAGUCCCUGCUCCGUGACCGACUGUCCCCGAUCCUCAUCCAGCGUCACCUCCAGGCCUUGGACCGCCGGCUCCGGCUGGUGCUGCAGGUCCUGGCAGGCUGCGUAGAGAAAGAAGGUUAUGUUAAUGUUGUUGAGGAAGAUCUAGUCAGGGACACAGCCACCCACAGGAGCCCAGGCCACAGGUAGUGAGGGCGAGACUCUAAGGUGACAGAAACCACCAUUGACACGUGAACGACCAAGUCUGCGGCUGUUCGACCAAUGGGAUCGCACCAAAAGUCCCACUUCUGAUAUCAAGCUGAAUUCAGUGAAUUCCAAGACUUGCCAUCAUUGCCUCUCUAACAACUGCUUUUAAGUGUGUUUAUAAAGAAGGAACUGACCACAGAUGCCAUGAAAGACUGUGCUCACACAGAGGCUUUGUAUUAAUUAGAUACAGAUGUAUUUUUGUUGUAUGGGACAGACAGGAACUACUGCUGUGUUCUGAUCUUAUCUGUUUGUUUUGAAUAUGGAGGGUAUCAGUUUGUUUUAUGUGUUUUAUUACAUUAAGUACAUAACCAAAUGAGAACGCACUCUGACUGGGGCAGCAUAUGGCCAGACAAAAAGCUUUAUCGGUUAUUACGAUGUAUGAAAAGGUUGAGAAAAAGUGUGAAAGGUUUUUUAUUUUCUCUUUGUAAAACAUGUCAGGCCUGGGACAAACCACCUACAACCAAGAGAAUAAGAGUUUCAAAACAGUGUAUUCUCUUUGCUAACUUCCGAAGCUCUUUUGUCUCAGCACAGACUCGGAACAGACCGAUUGAAAAUGUUAUCACAUACUUCUGAACAGCAUAAAUCUGAGUGCAAGUAUAUUUGUAGUUCAAACAGUACAUUCACUUUGCCUUAUUCUGAUUUGUAUCUCUUUUUUAAGCAGUCCCCCCGCCAUCUGCAAGUCCAGCUUGCGCAACAUGCAGUACAGCAGCACAACACGAAAAUGGUAUUUUCCAAAACCAAAAAUAAUGCAAAGAGACCAGUGUGCUGGUUCAUUAAUACGGUCAUUUCAUUCAAAUUCAGCACUAUUCUUAAAUGAAGACCUGAAACAUCUAGAGUUGUCUGUUUUACACAUAAUGCAUUGCAAAAUGUUACAGUUUGUAUGUUGCAGUUGUUAUGAGAUUUCAUGUCCAAAUGACUAUUUAUUGUUGUGUCACAAAAGAAUGAGAGCGGUUUAAUAAAUUCUACGUUAUGUUGCUUCAUAUUUUUGGAUAUAUUUACAGACGUUACCGUAGCAUUUUGGAUGCUAUUUAAAUUCUAAUUCCUUUUAAAUACUAUUUUUUUGUUCACGUGAAAGGAUAACAACAAAGCUAUUUGAUUUUACAUUAAGUGUACAUUAAGUGGUACCAUUCAGUUUCCACCUAAGAGUCCUGUGCACUGGCUGACCAGGUACCUGUGCAAUGACAGAGUUACAGUACUUGAAUGUUUUUGGGUUGGCAGUAUGGACAGGAUUCACAGAGCUACAACUGGUGUAAAGCUUGAGUGGAUAGACUCCAGUCAAAGAGCUGCUUUGAGGGUGAUAACGAGGCUAAAAAUGCCUCAUCACACUACAGGGUGAACGUCGGGCACGGUUCUUUGAUUUUCACAUUCUCAGUGUACAUACCAUAAUUACUUUGAAGACCUAAAAAGCUGCACAGUGAUUUGCUUCUGUUUUCUGCUAUUGCAUUGUUACUGUGAAGAUCUGUUUACUAAAUGAUUAAAGUGUGGAAUAAAAACAAAAGUGAGGACACAUUUCUGAUUGUGUAGGUGGAUGUGGACAUGAUUUUAUGUGUGGAUGGAGGUGGAGGUCCUGUUUUUAGGGGUAAAUAACA